GUCAAUCAGAAAUUAGCCUGGUCGAGCGGCUUGGGGUUUCGGUCGAGCACAAGGUCAGAAAGCUCACUGAUCUAGUCAAGCCAACAGGCUCGGUCGAGCACUCCCUGAUCUUGGUCGAGCGGCUCAUGUGAAACCCAUAAGGACUCCCUUAUCAUCAUACACACACAUCCACACAUCCAGAGACCAUCAAACGCAUCAUACUCCAUUGGUGCACUCAAAGUCACACCAAACUCCAACACCAUAGUUCAUUAGUGCACCUUUAAAUCAUGGUCAUUAACCUUUCUUGCCACCUUUAGGCUCACGCUUCCGCAUUCGUUAGCAUACUCUAACACAAUUAUUAAUAAACUAAAGAUAUAAACAAUUCCAUACCAACUUAAAUCCAUAUUUAAUCAUUUUUUGUAUCCCUAGAUAAUUAGUCUAGCUCACUAAUCAUUCAAAUAGACAAGAAAAUAACUUUAAUCUAUGGUCCUUAGGUGUAUUCAACACGAAGUGCUCUUUGAAUGUUCAUUUGAUUGAGUGGACUUAAAGUGACUCUAAUUGAUAAGGGGAAAUUCACCUUUCAUUUAUUUUCAAUAACAUGCUUGAUUUUAUUUGUGUCAUCAAUGUAAAUUUUAAGUAGAAUUUUAAAGUGACUCUAAUUGAUAAGGGGAAAUUCACCUUUCAUUUAUAUUCCUAUUAAUAUAUACGCUGAAGGAUAACGGAAUUGAAAUGGCCAUUGCCUCAAGAACUCCAACUUCAUAUGUAGCAAAAGCAUUUUUAGCCAAGUUGGGUAUUCAGUCUAUGUUUACCGUGCAGGAAAUCUUCUCUAGCUGGACACACAAGACAGAACACUUUAAGAGGAUACAUACCAGAACUGGCAUACCAUUUGACUCCAUGCGUUUUUUUGAUGAUGAGUACAGGAACAUUGAAGCGGUAUCAAAAAUGGGUGUAAUAUGCGUUUGGUUGGACAGGGGGGUUAACCUAGAGGCACCGAGGCAAGGGCUCACACAUUUCUCUCAGAAAUCCCAUUUCUCAAGCGCCAGAAGCUGAGUAUUCAUUAUAACCAAUUUUUUUGCAAACAUUUAUUCUGUAAUCUCUGUAAUUUGAUCGUGUUCUAGAUAAUUAUCUACCUUGCUGGUGUAAGAUAGUUAGAUAAAUAAUAUUCUAUCACAUUUUAGUAACUUUGAUUGACAUCAAAUGUGAUUUGAAAUUCA